CUCUCACUGCCUCUCUCUCCCCCCCGCCCCCACUCCAUCUUCCCGCGGUGACGGUGCACUUACCGGGCGACGAGGCGCCGCUUCUUCCGCCGCCGCCGCCGGUGCUUUGUCUUGCCGCUCUCCCGCCGCCGCCGCGAUGGUCGGGGUGAAGGUGAUCGCCAACGACGCGGAGUUCCAGAGCGAGCUGAGCGCUGCGGGUUCCCGGCUGGUCGUGGCCAAGUUCACCAUGCGGGGAUGCGGCCCAUGUUUAAGGAUAGCUCCAGCUUUCAAUGCUCUGAGCAAUAAAUAUCCACAAGCCACUUUUUUGGAAGUUGAUGUACAUCAGUGCCAGGGAACAGCCGCAACCAAUAAUAUAUCAGCAACACCAACAUUUCUUUUCUUCCGGAACAAAGUGCGAAUUGACCAGUACCAAGGCGCUGACGCUGUGGGAUUAGAAGAAAAAAUCAAGCAACAUCUAGAAAAUGAUCCUGGAAAUAAUGAGGAUACUGAUAUUCCAAAAGGAUAUAUGGAUUUGAUGCCAUUUGUUAAUAAAGCUGGCUGUGAAUGCCUUAACGAAAGCGAUGAACACGGGUUUGAUAACUGUUUACGUAAAGACUCUACCUACCUGGAAUCAGACUGUGAUGAGCAGCUGCUUAUUACUGUUGCUUUUAAUCAGCCUGUCAAGCUUUAUUCUAUGAAAUUUCAGGGGCCUGAUAAUGGUCAAGGUCCAAAGUAUGUAAAAAUGUUUAUCAACCUCCCUCGAUCAAUGGAUUUUGAAGAAGCAGAAAGAAGUGAACCCACUCAGGCUCUGGAAUUAACGCCAGAUGAUAUUAAAGAAGACAGUAUUAUCCCACUUCGCUAUGUAAAGUUUCAGAAUGUGAACAGUGUAACUUUAUUUGUCCAGUCCAAUCAAGGUGAUGAAGAAACAACAAGAAUUGCAUAUUUCACUUUUAUUGGAACACCUGUCCAAGCAACAAACAUGAAUGACUUUAAGCGGGUAAUACACAUGGGCCGUUUGAGCAUUUCUCCCUCUGAAUGGUGGUAGGCAAGAAAGGAGAGAGCCACUAAGAUACAAGAGAAAUACUGGAACUGGAAGGCCUUAUUGCAAUCAACACGAGAUCUUCACAUUAUCUCCAAUGCCUGGGAAAUAGCUUGGCUGUGGCCAGAGAGACUGUCAGUCUGUUCCAUUUUAAUACCAUUACAAAUAAAUCACUGCAUUUUGUUAAUACGGGAUUUCACUGAAGUGUUUUCUGUUGUAAUCUUGGAACAUAAAUUUGUAAAUAAAAUUCAUUAAUUUUGCCAAUAUA